GAGGCACACACACACACACACACACACAAACCUCAUCAUCCCUUAUCACCAGCCGGACCUGCACACAGGUAAUAUCAUCACUGCUCUCCUCGCUCACUCUCCCACUCAUGUACUGAGACCAGAGCACCGCUGCUCAGCCUGCCUCCCACAACAAGACAAGAAAGGGAACCAGUGGGAGCUUUCAGUCUGGCUGCCGGUGUCUUCAUCGCUGUCAGAGCUCUGCCUCAACACUCAAGUGCAGCAGAUCUAGUGUAGCUCUGCGCAGCUGUGUGUGGGGCUGUGUGAGCAACUCCGGUAGAAAAGAAAGACAGACUUGAGAUUUCUGCUUCAGAAGAACUUAAAGGGGAACGCUAGGCCGGCGUCACAAGCCUGGUGAAAUCAGGAUCUGCCCAGUGAGACUGCAACCCAAACGGCAAGUAGACAGACAUCUCCGCUAGUGCCUUCAUCAGUGUACCGGCAAACUCGAAGAGCAAGAAAAACUCCCUGGAGCACCGUGUGCACCUGGCAGAGCAUUGUGAGCUGAAACCAGACACAGGCACGCCUCCUCUCCACAACAGCAGGACCAAGAACCAGGACAAAGCUGCCACCGACUUCCACCAAGUUAAAACUCGACUCUCAUUUGCACACUUCCUUUCUGUUUCUCAGUUUUCCUUUCAGUCUCUCUCUCUCUGGGUCUGUGCUGUCCCUCCCGCUCUGCCUCCUCGCCUCUCCCGAUGGAGACUCUGUUUGUUCUGCCGGUGCGGGACAGUGGGGGCAGCAGCAUGGGCAGUACGAGCCCUGAGGUGGAGGGUGUGUUUGAGGUGCAGCCCCCCUCGGGGUCCCGCAGGAAACGUGAGUUCAUGCCGGACGAGAAGAAGGACGCCACCUACUGGGAGAAGCGGCGCAAGAACAACGAGGCGGCCAAGCGCUCGCGGGAGAAGCGGCGGGUCCACGACUACGUGAUGGAGGGCCGGCUAGCGGGGCUGAGCGAGGAGAAUCUGCGCCUGCGAGCCGAGCUGCUGGCACUCAAGCUGCGCUUCGGGAUCCUCAGCCCAGCCGACUACGCCGAGCACGCACGCACCCUGCUGGCAAGGAGGCCCAGCCCGGCCGGGGACAGGACAACACCCCCUGCCUGCCACGAGCGCUACUGCACCAAGCCUCUCACAUCCCGAGGCCAGGACUCCCCUCCCCGUCCCACGUACCUACUCCCCUCGCACACCCACCCCCCGACUGCUCCCCCCUGCCUGUCCUGCCCCCUGGCUGGCUCAGCCUUCACCCCAGCUCGGGGGGCCCUGGGGAGGUAUCCCUUCUUCCACUACCCCCCUCACUGCGAGCCUCUGAGACUGGCCUCCCCACCCCCCUGCCUCCCCACACCCCUGCCUCAAAGGAAGGCCUCUGAUGAGGAGUGGGAGGGGGAGCAGCAGGUUCCGACUCCCUCCUCUCUGCCUGCUCUCAAGGGCUGUGCUUCCGAACCUGACCCCAUGGCUGCCCUGCCUCACAAGCUGAGGCUCAAGGCCCGGCGGGGGAAGGCUGACUCGGACGGAGAGGCAGGGAGAAGGGACCCCCGGAGGCACAGAGAGGAACUGCGUCUCCUACUAACGUCACCAGAGCUCGUGGACUGAUAGACUGCACUGUGGUACUGACUGCUGAGCAGAAGCACUGCACUGCCAUUAAUGCUGCAUGUAUGUGCCUUCUUAUAUUUCAUGUGUGCCAGCACACUGUGAAAGACGAUUGACAACCAAAGUAGCAACAAGAUCCCCUCAUUGCCAGGAUUCACAGAGCUGUUGCAGAACUCUGAGCCUCUUUUUUGUUAGUUGUUUUACAGAAUGUUUGUUUGUCCUAAACCUUCUUUCUUAAUUUUUUUUUUAGCAUUGCUAAAGAUUGUAUGUUUUCUAUAUAAAUCUAUUUGCCAAACCAAUGUUUCUUUAGCUGUGUGUUGUCUCAGGGCUUUUUACAAAAUCACACAACGUACACAAUAAAACUGUGAGCUUGAAAAACUGGGCUCCAAAAUCGACAGUAAGUCCAUGCAGACAGAAGUGGUGUGGCGAGCCUUCACAGCUCCCUGCCGAUUCCCCAUGUGGAGGCUCGGGUACUUUAUUCAACGCGGAACAACAAACAUGUGUUCCUCUGAUUCAGUUCAGUCAUGUCAUAAUUAAACGAAAGCUAUAUGUUAUCUCUGGAUCAGUAAGAACGACUAAUAUUGCCCUUUCGCAGUGUCUAGAUGUUUCCCUCCCAAUGUAUUUGUGUAUUAUUAGUGUAUUAUUUCCACUUUAGAUUCCUUUAUGUAUCUGGAACUUCCAACUGCUGUGUCUCCAACGAGUUGAAUGAUUCCAAGCAAGCAGCUGAGCAGAGCUGCAGCACCAGCCGAGGAUCUGAGCGUGAAACACUGCCUUGUAAAACGAGCACCCUGCUGGGGUGAAGUCUAAUCAGAGUGACAUGUACUGAGUUGAUUUAUUACUUUACGUUUUACCAGCAGUGCCAACUCAGCACAGGACCAAAUUCUUAGUAAACCUCCACCCCUGGGAAACAAUUCAAUAUCCAGGUUUCUCUUUCUCUCUGUCUCUUGCUCACUGAGCAGUGGUCAGGCAGGGGGUGUGUGUGUGUGUGUGUGGGUGGGGUGGGGGCGGAUGGUGUUGAAUAUAGCA